UCGCUCUUUUUAAGCUCCCCAGAGCCGGGGCUGCGCUCCUCUAAUUGGGACUCCGAGCCGGGGCUAUUUCUGGCGCUGGCGCGGCUCCAAGAAGGCAUCCGCAUUUGCUACGAGCGGCGGCGGCGGCGGAGCCAGGCCGGUCCUCCCCAGCGCCCAGCACCGUCGCUCCCGGCAGCCCCGAGCGCGCACCGCAGGCCGGCGGCCGAGCUCGCGCAUCCCAGCCAUCUCUCCUCCGCCUGUCCUGUAGAGAAGGGAAGAUGAGCGAGUCGAGCUCGAAGGCCAGCCAGCCCUUGGCCUCCAAGCAGGAAAAGGACGGCACGGAGAAGCGAGGCCGGGGCAGGCCGCGCAAGCAGCCUCCGGUGAGUCCUGGCACCGCGCUGGUAGGGAGCCAGAAGGAGCCUAGUGAAGUGCCAACACCCAAGAGACCUCGGGGCCGACCAAAGGGGAGCAAAAACAAGGGUGCUGCCAAGACCCGGAAAACCACCACAGCUCCAGGAAGGAAGCCAAGGGGCCGACCCAAAAAACUGGAGAAGGAGGAAGAGGAGGGCAUCUCGCAGGAGUCCUCUGAGGAGGAGCAGUGACCGCGCCGUGCCGCCUGCUCCGUCAUCCAAGGAGCAGCAUUCCUCUGGGACUGGACAGCUUCGCUCAGCUCCCACUGCCCCCACCCCACUUCCCCA